GAUAUCUGCAGUACGCAGACAAAACUCAACUUUGCAUUUCCACUCCUGGUAACCCUGUUGAUGCUGUUGCUGCCCUCUUGCGGUGUGUAGAGGCUGUGGGGCCCUGGAUGGGGAGCAACAGUUCAAUUGAACCCUGUGGCAAGACUGAAUGGCUUUGGGUGCAUGGAGCCCCAAGAACCCGGAUAUCUUUAGUUCUGGAUCAGGUGCCCACUGUAUGCAUCACAAUUUAAUAUUUCCAAGAAUUGCACUAUACCAACACAAUGAGAUUAUUUUACUGGAAUUUACUAUUUAUUAUCUCAGAAAAAGUCCAAGAAGAAAUAACAAAUGUUGUUGGAUAUGCUCAGCCAGGAACCGAACACCGAACAAAAAUGCCAUACACAGAUGCUGUAGUCCAUGAAGUUCAACAAUAUGCCGAUGUCAUUCCCUUAAACUUGCCACAUGCAACUACAGUGGAUGUUAACUUUAAGGGCUACUUCAUUCCAAAGGGCACCCAUGUGGUUCCGUUGCUGACUUCUGUGCUACAUGAUGAAUCGCAGUGGGAGAGACCUCAUGAAUUCUACCCUGAACAUUUUCUCAACACUGAAAGAAAAUUUGUAAAAAGAGAUGUAUUCAUGCCUUUCUCUGCAGGUCGGAGAGUAUGUCCAGGUGAGACCCUUGCCAAAACAGAAAUAUUCAUGUUCUUUACUAGUCCUCUGCAGAAAUUCAUUCUCCAACCAGCUCCUGGAUUGUCAAAAGAAGACCUGGACAUGACCCAUGCAGUUGGGCUUAUCACACCUCCCAAUACUUACACAUUAUGUGCUCUACCAUGUUCUUAAAAUAGGAACAUUCAGCAAUUCAUUAGUCUGAAUUGCUCAGCUGCAUCUGUCUCUCUGGGAGCCUUCUGGUGGCCUUCAUUUAUGCCUUCUCUGAAACAUUAAAGGUACCACAUAGAUUCUGAUGAGUCGCAUCAAAUCAGUAGUAGACAAAAGAUACCU